AAUCCCAUCAAAAUUAUUUCCAAAUAUUUUCUCCCUUAGUAUGAGUAUGAACUUUCUUUCACUCUUUUUCUUUGCUACAAUAGCAGCAACUUCUCAUGCAAUUCCCCACCAAAUUCACCUUCUCCGCCCACAAUCCGGCUCCGCAGGCCACCGCAUUGCCGGUGUCAACUGCCUCAGCUGGCGGCUAGCCGUCGAGACCGACAAUAUCCGCAACUGGGACUUGGUUCCGGAAGCAUGUGAAGACUACGUCGGACAUUACAUGCUAGGGCACCAGUACCGCAAAGACUGCAACAUCGCCGCUGUUGCUGCUUUCGUUUACGCCAAAAACGUUACACUCAAAGGCGACGGCAAGGAUAUCUGGGUUUUCGAUAUCGAUGAAACUGCCCUCUCAAAUCUUCCUUAUUACGCUCGCCCUGAAAACGCUUUCGGGGCGAAGGAGUAUAAUGAAACGUCGUUCGAUGAAUGGCAGCUCGAAGGCAAAGCACCCGCCGUGCCAGCUGUCCUUCAUCUAUACGAGAACUUAAUGAAACUGGGAUACAAGAUUGUCUUCAUUACAGGAAAAUCUGAGAAAAUGAGGAACGUAACAGAAGCCAACCUGAGGAAAUCGGGUUACCAUACUUGGGAAAAGCUUGUACUAAAGCAAACGUCUGAAUCGGGAGAAACAGCAGUGGUUUACAAAUCUAAGGAAAGAGGGAAGCUGGUGAAGGAAGGAUAUAGAAUAAUUGGAAACAUGGGAGAUCAAUGGAGCGAUUUGAUGGGGAAUUUUACAGGCCAGAGGACAUUUAAAGUUCCAGAUCCCAUGUACUACAUUAGUUAAUUACUUUAAUCAACCUUCUUAAUUUUGUAGUUCAAUUUUCAAGUUUGUCAGUGUGGAAGAUUUUCGUCAUCAAAACGACAGACUACUUAUUUUUAUCAUAUGUAUCUCUCGCAAUAAAAAAAAUAUUAAUGUAAUGUUCGUCGUACCAAUAAUUUGAAUAAAGUCGGAUCAAAUUUAACA